ACUCCACACACACGCACACACGCACACAGACACACACAGUCGUCUGGAAGGAACUAGACAGCUGAAACAGCGGCACAUUGGCCACUUCUCUGCGCUCUGUGAAACUUGGUUGCCUGGGGAAACUGCAGAAAUACUUUAGAUGCCCCUCUGCAGAGCAAAGAAACAUACACGUGGUGUGUCAUUGCUGGAAACCUUUUUUUAAUUUUAUUUCGUUUUGAAUAUGACAGACGCUGCUAAAGAUGGUCACUUCUUUUUUGUAACUUUUUGAAACUUUUCAAUAUGAAUCAAAGUGCCAGAAGUUGAUGGAGAAGAAUAUUUAUCCUCUUCUUUUUAUUUAUACUCUUUUACAUGAAAGAUGCCAAAGAUGACUGAGGUGAUGUUUGUGUGUGUACACCUAAGAUGCAUGUUUUGCAGAGUGUUUGACCGCAGACAGACUCUGACAAACUAAAGACGAGCGGUGCUGAUUCUUUUUUUUUCUCUGAGCGCGCACCUUUCUCAUCAUCGUUGCUUUUUUUUUUAAAUGAAUGAGGAUCGUUUUGUGAGUGGAUUCAUGAGACUCACUACUCCUCAAGUGUCUCUUGAAACUUUGUCAAGACUUUUUCUCCCGUCCCGGAGCUGACCGCAUCCUUUCCCCAAGGACGAACGAAGAGGACGACAGCUGCUUCAAGAUGAAAUGUCAAAGAAUUCUCACCUACCUGCGGAUAAUUGGCACCACCAUGUUCGGGGUGUCUCUCCUGGUAGGCAUCUCCACAGCCUACAUCAUGGGCUACCAGUUUUUCACCACAGCCGGCAAUCACCUAUCCUUUGGCCUGUAUGGCGCCAUCUUGGUUGUCCACCUCAUCAUCCAGAGCCUCUUUGCGCUCCUAGAACACAGGAACAUGCGGCGCUCCCUAGAGACGCCGAUCAAACUGAACAAGUCCUUGGCAUUGUGCAUCGCAGCGUACCAAGAGGACCCAAACUACCUGAGGAAAUGCCUGGUGUCGGUGAAGAGGCUGACGUACCCGGGGAUCAAAGUGAUCAUGGUGAUUGACGGGAACUCAGACGAUGACUUUUACAUGAUGGAGAUUUUCAAAGAGGUGAUGGGAUGGGACAAAUCAGCCACCUACGUAUGGCGGAGCAACUAUCACCACAGGGGGCCCGAGGAGACGGAUGAGAGCUACGCUGAGAGCCUUCAGCAAGUCUCCAGGCUGGUGCUGAACAACAAGUGUGUGUGCAUCAUGCAGAAGUGGGGAGGGAAGAGAGAGGUCAUGUACACAGCCUUCAAAGCACUGGGGAGGAGCAUGGAUUAUGUGCAGGUGUGUGACUCUGACACCAUGCUUGACCCAGCAUCAUCGGUGGAGAUGGUGAAGGUGCUAGAAGAAGACCCAAUGGUGGGAGGUGUUGGAGGAGAUGUACAGAUCCUGAACAAAUAUGAGUCAUGGAUCUCCUUCUUGAGUAGUGUACGCUACUGGAUGGCCUUUAACAUUGAACGGGCUUGCCAGUCCUACUUCGGCUGUGUGCAGUGCAUCAGCGGGCCUUUAGGAAUGUACCGAAACUCACUCCUGCAUGAGUUCCUCGAGGACUGGUACAACCAGACUUUCAUGGGAUCCCACUGCAGUUUCGGGGAUGACCGUCAUCUCACAAACAGAGUUCUGAGCCUUGGGUAUGCCACCAAAUACACAGCUCGAUCAAAGUGCCUCACAGAAACACCAAUAACGUACUUGCGUUGGCUCAACCAACAGACUCGAUGGAGUAAGUCAUAUUUCAGAGAAUGGCUGUAUAACUCCAUGUGGUUCCACAAGCAUCAUCUAUGGAUGACUUAUGAGGCUGUGAUUACAGGCUUCUUCCCAUUUUUUCUCAUUGCCACUGCGAUCCAACUCUUUUAUCAAGGAAGGCUGUGGAAUAUUUUGUUAUUUCUGCUCAUUGUGCAGGCAGUGGCAUUGAUCAAAUCAUCAUUCGCUAGUUGCCUUAGAGGAAACAUUGUCAUGGUGUUCAUGUCGUUCUAUUCUGUACUGUACAUGUCAAGCCUGUUGCCAGCCAAAAUGUUUGCAAUAGCAACAAUCAACAAGUCUGGCUGGGGGACUUCUGGGAGGAAAACUGUAGUGACGAACUUCAUUGGUCUGAUUCCUAUAUCAGUUUGGUUCACUAUCCUCUUCUUUGGGAUUAUCUACACAUUAAUCCUGCAGGCUAAAAAACCUUUUCCUGAAUCAGAAAAGAUCAUUCUGGUCAUAGGGGCAGUUGUUUAUGCCAGUUACUGGGUCGUACUGUUGACGUUGUAUGCAGUGCUCAUAAAUAAGUGUGGGAAGAGGAAAAAGGAAACACACUACGAUAUGGUGCUGGAUGUAUGACUUACAGACAUUGCUUACCACUGAACUCUCUUUCUGGGUUGUUUUCUCUGACACAGUGUUAUUGUCAUGCAAAUGUUUUGCAGAUGCAGAGCAGCUCUGGAGGCAAAAUUGUUUGAGUUCAACCAAAAUGGGGAAAGAACCAGAAUUUAUUCAAAAUUGAAUGGCACAAAAAAUAAAUGGCUGCUGUACUUGAUCUGGCAUUUAUGAUGGUAGAGCAUCAGUCUGCUUGCUAAUUAAUUCAUUAGAGUGGCUCUCAGAAGUACGUCUUCCAAGUUCGAGCAAUCCAGUUCGAUUUUUUUACUGAUUGAGAACCAAACAUAGUUUUCCCACAUUUUUGUAAAAAUGGUCAAUAGUGCAAAGGGAUUAGGGGAAAAAAAUCCUCCUGAUCUUUUGAACUGAAUUUGCACCAAAAUUCAGUAGAUUAUUCCUUGGCUUAUGCUCCAUUCUAAUUUGUGGUGCAAAUUGGUCUUUUACAUUUUUUUGUGUUCCUGUUGAUAAACAUACUAACAGACACAGGUGAAAACAUUGGUGGAGGUAAUAUAUUUCACCCAAAUAUGUUUCGUUGGAUAUCAGCAAGCAUAGGCUAACAAGCUUACCAGAAAAACUGUAACAAGAGCACUAGGCUUUGUAAUAUUAGCUACCUCUUGUCGUUUUCACUGGGCUUCAGUCUGACAUUACAAACUUUACUAAAGAAAUGCAGAUUUUUGCCUAACCCAUUUUUGACUCAACCAUUGAACCCAUUGGGUUUUAACUGGACCUGUAAGAAUAUUUUACCUCCAGAGCAUCACUGUAUCUCUAAGUAAUAUCUUUACACCCUAACUAGAAACCAAUUUAUGUGUUACUCCCGACAAAAACUGCAAGCAUAUAUUUAAGCAAAACAUUGAGGAUUACAUUCCUAACUGUAAAGGCCAUGUGUAACUCUUUUUAAGUCUGUGUGGAUCCCAACAAAGGAGAUUGGUCAUUCUUCCAUUAAACAAAAAAUAAUACAUAAAAAGUUAAACUACAUGUGUUUAACGAUUUACUGUCCUGUACUUCUGGGACAUAUGCAUUGGUGUAUUCUUCCAGUGUAUUUCCUUCGGAAGAGCUACAGUAUAAAUUGGCAAAGACUGAAAAUGUGCAGAAAGGACUUUAUGCAGAGCUGCUCUUUUUCCUUUUGUUGCACUCAUAGUAUAUGGAUGUGACACAAACUUUGUAGUAGUCUUUAAAUUGUGUGCAUAUAUCUAAAAUGCAUCUAUUUGAACAUAAUCCUAAACCCAUAAAUAAUUGCAACCACCAAAUUUCCAUGCAAGCACAGUUUUAGGUUGUUUGUGAGUAACAUUUUAGAAAAUAAUUAGCUGUUUAAAAUAAAUUAAAAUGCAUCACUCCCUUAUGUGCAUGUAUCUUGAAUGUGAAAAGGUGCAAAGUCCUCAGAAUUUUUCAUUCGUGGUAACAAAAGGCAACACAUCUAUUAUGUUUGACUGUGUGGAUAAUUCCACAUCAAUACUUUUUGAUCCCCAUGUGACGUGAAUGCAGAUUUUUUUCUUCUCAGCGUUUACAAAGUGAAGAAUCUCAAACUGAUCACCAGUUGUUAGACAUGAUCUUCACCAGAUCAGGUGAACAGGCAAACAUGUGACCAGAAGAGAGACAGUGUAUUCAAAUUGCUGCUGUGACUGUUGUAUCUUUAAAAAAAGGAAUUCUCAUUUUUUUAAAAUAUGGAUGAUGGGUGUAUUUUUGCAAAAUAGACUUUAUUGUUCUUUCUACCAAACACCAAGUAGACAUGGUGGACAUGUUCCAAUCCAAAGAUUUCUUGCCUUCCACAUGCCCUUGGUCUCUUCCUUUCUUCACAUACUGUAGUGGCUGUUUCUUUGCAUGUUGAAUAACUUGCAAGAUAAGAAGUAAAUGUGAGAAAAAUAGACAAAUGUUCUUAUUGUGGUAAAAGUACUACCUGAUAAUAGGAAUGUGAAUAGGGGCACUUGAUGGAUGGAACCAUCAUUUUGGAAUGAAACAAGUCCAAUGUUUGCUAAAGAGCAGGAGCAGACAUGAGUUUAAUUCUUAUGCACUUUUAUGUCUCUCCUGUCGUCCAGUGUGAUGCUUGACGUAAUCAAGAUGAAAUACCUCAGUAGUUCUCUUUGCAUUGCAUCAAGGUGUCAGGAUGCUGUCUAAAGACUGAUGCAUUCUGAAGGUGUCAAGUAAUUUAUGAUCUGUUCGUGGUAUUAAAUAUAAAAGUGUCCUUUUUUAUAUGCAUUUUCCUAAUUAAGUCAAAGCUGGAUCUCUAUGCCUUGUCGGCCCUUUGCUGUAGCCGGUUACUUAUU